AUAAAGCCUCGCUUCCUCCGCCUACAUGCACUAAAUAUAAAUGUGCAUGAGCAGCAAAAGCAAUUUGCCUAAUAUCUGAAUCAGCUACAUAGCAUUUUCGCUAAAAUUAUGUAUCUGGAUACUAAUUUCUCAGGUUGCUCCUCAGGAAUUGGACUGGCCUUAGCUGUAAAAAUGGCAAAAGAUGAACAGAAAAGAUUUAAAGUGUAUGCCACAAUGCGGAAUCUGGCCAAGAAAGAGCCACUCGAAGAAGCUGCAGGUCGCAGGCUGGGCAAAACUCUCGAAAUUAAACAACUAGAUGUUUGUGAUGAGCAGUCUAUUAAAGCUUGUGUGAAUAGUAUCCCUGACAGAAGGAUUGACGUCCUAGUUAGCAAUGCUGGAAUGGGGCUCAUUGGACCUAUUGAAUGUCAGACCAUAGAUGAGAUGAAAACUGUGAUGGAUACCAACUUCUUUGGACUGGUUCGACUCCUGAAGGAGAUUUUGCCUGACAUGAAGAGGAGAAGGAGCGGGCAUAUAGUUAUAAUAAGCAGUGUUAUGGGAAUACAAGGUAUCUUAUUUAAUGAUGUUUAUGCUGCAUCUAAGUUUGCUGUGGAAGGAUUCUGUGAAAGUUUAGCUAUACAAGCACUCAAGUUCAAACUGCAGUUAAGUUUGAUUGAACCAGGACCAGUGGUUACAGAGUUUGAAAGAAAAGUGUUUGAAGAUGGAAUGAAAAUGGAUCUUUCAGCUGCAGAUGAGGAAACAGCUGAGAUGUUUACUAAUAUUUACCUUAAAAAUUACAAACAAAUUUUCCAGAGCCUGGGACAAAGUGCUGAAGAUGUUGCAGAGCAUACAGUAAAGAUAAUUCUUGCAGAAAAUCCACCUUUUCGCCAUCAGACCAACACCUUGUAUACUCCGAUGACAACUCUGAAAUAUGCAGAUCCAAAUGGAGAUCUACCCAUUGACAUAUUCUACAAAAUGGUUUUUCAUCAUGACAAAAUCUUCAGUGCAAGUCUUAACUUUAUCAAAUUGCUAAGGUGGAGAAGUAGAAAGAGCUUUGACCUGGGAAAACCCUCACAAUAAGUAUGAAAUUAUCAAAUUGUUGCAGCUACUGAUAAUGCACGAUGUUGUUAUUCAAAUACCUUUGCUCUCUAGUUGUGAAAAGGUAUUCAAGAUGUUUAUUUGAGCUUAGCUAAGAUAUUCAGCUCAAUGAGUUUAUCUUGAACUUUAGUUUGCAGAAACUUGAAAUUAAAAUCCUCUGACUAUAGGUUUAUUCUGUUUAGUGUUUGCUUUUUACAGAGAUCUGUUUUCAUGGGAACAUGAAUAUUGACUGAUACUUGCAUAUUCAGUAUUAACCCAAUCCCCUUAAUUUAUUAGAAUAUAAUACAUACCAGGAUGUGUAAUUUAUGUAAAUUAUUUAGAUUCUUAAUAUCAUAAAAAUAUUUUAUUUUUACUUAUUAGAAUUAGUAUAGUCAUCCCUCAAUCACAAUAGUAUUCUCAUUUUCAGAAAUCAGAUCUAUUUACCAGUAACAUAAGAGAAAGUCUCAUCAAUCUUAAAAUGUCACAACUAGAAUAUUUAUUAUUCAUAUAUAUAUAACAAUAUUCUGAAUGCUUCCUUUAUAUGCAAUGGUUACUGGCAUAUUACACGUA